AAUGCAUGCUUGUACAUUCUUUUCUGUUUUGACGGUAACACAGCUGCUGUAGGUGACCUUGCAUUGUCUAUAUGCUCCUAUUCUAUUGGUUUGCGUAUUCAAACCAUAGUCUAUUAACAUAACAAUUACAUAAGAUUUUCUAAUGGUGUAUCUACAAGUUCUGCUAUCUCAGUAAGUUACUUAUCAUGAGAGCAUAGAAUAGUGCGAGUUACACGAGCAAGCAUUAAAAUUUUAAGCCUAAAUAAACUUGUCGGUUAAUUUUCCACCAUACCUAUGUUAGAAUAAUUUCCUUGUUUCUGUCAAACAGUGAACAUAAUCAGAAAUGAAAGUACAAGUGUGUUAAAACAUGAUAUCGUGUUGAAAUAUACACGAGCUCAAGAUUAAUAAGAAGUUUUCUGUAAAGCAUUCCACUUGAUCUCUAAAUACCAAUAGUGGAAGGAGCUAUGUUCAUUUACUCGAAGAAUACCCUUUUAGAAUGGCCAGGACUAUUUUGGAUUUCUGCAUACAGAAAUUCUCAGCGCUUUGAUUAGAAUCCCCUGCGCUUGUAACAGAUUCAAAUGGAAUUCUUAUGCUGAUUUUAAUACUUGUCCUUUUUAUUAAUUAAAAUUACAUGCAUCUGUCAUGUAUCAUGAUUCGACAAAGGCUACCAAAUCUUAAUGGUGUUAGAAAUGGCAAACAUUUCAUGUUCACUCUCAUCAUUGUCUCCAGAGACCCGCAUCAUUACUCAGAACUGGAAUCAGAAGUUGGGCCAGAGGCAGAGGUAAAAUUCCAUGGCAGAGAUGAAGAUUUCCACAAAGACGAGGACAGAGUUGCACAAGAUAUCGCAAAGAAAGUGCGCGUUCUUUGCUGGAUCAUGACUGGUCCAAAGAAUCAUCAAAGUAAAGCUCAACAUGUGAAAGCAACGUGGGGCAAACGCUGCAAUAUCCUUUUAUUUAUGAGCUCUGCUGAAGAUGCAAAUUUACCUACAGUUGUUCUGCCAGUAAAAGAAGGAAGGGACAACCUAUGGGCAAAAACCAAAGAAGCAUUUAAGUAUGCUUACGAAAAGUACAAAGAUGAAGCUGACUGGUUUCUGAAAGCUGACGACGAUACGUACGUAGUGGUCGAGAAUCUACGGUACAUGCUGUUGUCUUAUAGUCCAAGUUCGCCCCUGUACUUCGGCUGUAGAUUCAAACCGUUCGUGAAGCAAGGAUACAUGAGUGGAGGAGCAGGAUAUGUGCUUAGCAAGGAGGCUUUGCGAAAAUUCGUAGAAGAUGCUCUCCAUGACAAGAACAAGUGUCGUUCGGACAAUGGAGGCGCCGAAGACGUGGAAAUGGGCAAGUGCCUGGAGAAGGUCGGAGUCAAAGCCAUGGACACCCGCGAUCCUUACGGUCGCGGUAGAUUCUUCCCUUUCGUGCCAGAACAUCACUUAAUUCCCAACCACGUGGACAAGAAUUUCUGGUACUGGAAUUACAUUUACUACGAUACCAAAGAUGGCCUCAAUUGUUGCUCCGAUAGCGCGGUAUCGUUUCAUUACGUGUCGCCUAAUAUGAUGUACGUUCUUGAAUACUUAAUUUACCACUUAAGGCCGUACGGCAUCACGCAUGCCGUGGAGAAACUUACUAUUGAUAAAUCGACUACUGUAUCGAUUGAAUACUAGUCUAUAUACCUUUUUAAUUGUAACACUGUGAGCGACGGUGGGCGAAUUUCUGCAAGUUUAAAGCGUUAUCAGACAUUCGAUGGUCUCAUCGAAACUAAAAUAUUUGCAAAACUCGAAACAGUAUUAGUACACUUGCAUUAAACAAAUUAUAUUAUAUAUAAUAUAAUUAUAUUAUAUUAUUCCAUGCGAUAAGAUAUAAAGUUACUUAAAACGCCCAUCGCUAUCUAUAAGCACCAAUAAUAAUUCUUUACACUUUUUGAUGUUUUCAUUGUACAAUGCUAGUCUAUUCAGGCCAACGAAUUAAACGUUAAAUUUAUUUACCGAAAUAUAAAACAUUUCAUAUAGAGAA